AUGGGGGUACCGUCGCCGCAGAAGCCACAGCCUAAGGCGAUUACGGAGGUGACGGCGAGACACAUCCUGGUGAAGCACAAGGGGUCGCGACGACCGGCCUCCUGGCAGGACCCCGCGGGGGCGUCCAUCAAGCAGAGGACCCAGGCGCAGGCGGCAUCCAUUCUGCAGGGCCUCCGUUCCGGCAUCAAGAGCCAGGAAGACUUUUCAAAAGUUGCCACGGCCAGGUCUGACUGCUCGAGCGCCAAGCGCGGCGGCGACCUCGGCACGUUCGGCCGUGGCAAGAUGCAGCUUGGAUGUAGUGAUCUAUUUCCUCCCUUUCUCUCUCUCCGAGGACAGAUGGGGAGCAUAUUAUGA